AAAGGGAAAGGAAACGGCGACUUCUCCAUUCCGCCCCCCCCCCUCUCUCAUCUUUAGCUGCACCGACUGUUUGAUCGAUCGGAAGCGUAGAGACCUCGAGUCCCGUUUAAUUUCUCGGUUUCAGGGCUCUGUAUGCUGGUUUUUGAUCGCCCCCCCCCAUCUCGUGCAGCCUGCCGUUAAACCGUGAGGAAACUGCUUCGCGUGAAUUUCCACGCGCCGGAUUUAUCGAGUCCGACUGCACAAAGUUGAUAUGCGAGCUAGCUGGAGCUAGCUCUUAGCUAACUAGCUUGCAGUGCUGGUCGGAGGAACUCGUCUUUGGAGAUAGUUUUUGGGGGGCGUCGUUUUGUCCCUGUCCUGCUACAGGUCUUGGCUUCCCCCCCCCCCACCCCCACCCCUGAAAUUUGACGUAUUUGCUGUGAGGUUUAGAGAGAUAAGCCGGUCUCUCGUAGCUAGCGUGCUAGCUAUAGCCUGCUAGCUAAUACCCUGCGUAUUUAAAGGCCUCAGUCCAACACCACCACCAUCAGCUGCCACCACAACAACACAAUAUUUGCAUCGUGCUGAACGACAGGUGACAGCUUACUUGGUGACACAGAGACUUCUCCCUGAGGAGCCAAGAAGCAGACGGCUCAUGACUUCUGACCAGGACACGAAAGUUGUAGCCGAACCCCAGGUGCAGCAAGUACAAGAGGCAAAAGACAACUCUCAUUUGGAAUCCGCCAAGGUUUCAGACCUCAACCCCAAUGCGAAAGCAUGGGCCAACCACAUGUUUAGCCUGGACCACAGCGGGAGUGCGGACACCACGACUGCUGCCCUGCAGCCAUGGAAGGAAGGCUGCGAUAGCUCGGCCGACCCCGGCCCAGAAGGCUAUGAAGCCAGUGAAGACCAGGCUUUCAAGGAGCCCCUUCUAACCGACCCAGAUGAGCCUCCACCAGUGCCAGUGAUGCUGGACGAGCCGGCCCCCGUGGCACCCGUCCCCCUGGAGUGCUCCGAGCCGGCCUACACAGAGUACCCCGAGCCUGGGCAACCAGGGCGCACAGCAGGCAGCGACCCCCCCCAGGAGAGUCCCCAGGAGGGCUUGAGGGACCACCUGAAGAAGACCUUGGAGUUCUGCCUUUCACGGGAGAAUCUGGCCAGUGACAUGUACCUCAUCUCCCAGAUGGACAGCGACCAAUAUGUGCCAAUUGUAACGGUUGCCAACCUGGACCACGUCAAAAAGCUCAGCACUGACGUGGAGCUGAUCGUCGACAUUUUACGAUCUCUGCCAUUGGUCCAAGUGGACGAGAAGGGGGAGAAGGUGCGUCCCAAUCAGAAUCGCUGCAUCGUGAUCCUCAGAGAGGUUCCUGAGAGCACGCCUAUAGAGGAGGUUGAGGCUCUUUUUAAAGGGGACAACUUACCCAAGUUCAUCAACUGUGAAUUUGCCUACAACGACAACUGGUUCAUCACCUUUGAAUCCGAAGCAGAUGCACAACAGGCAUAUCAGUAUCUCCGUGAGGAGGUGAAGACCUUCCAAGGGAAGCCUAUUAAGGCGAGGAUAAAGGCGAAGGCAAUCGCCAUCAACACUUUCAUGCCAAAGAACGGCUACCGGCCGGUGGAGGUGAACCCGUACGCCCAGCAGCGCUUCACUUCCUACUACAUCCCGCCGGUGUACAGCCCCCAGCAGCAGUUUCCCCUGUACAGCCUCAUCACGCCGCAGGCCUGGUCGACCACACACAGCUUCAUCGACCCCUCCAUGGUUUCCCCAUUUCACAACAACCGGUUCAUCAAUGGAUUUACCACAUCGCACAGUUUCAAACCAGCGACGUCCCCCCUCACCGUCAGACACUACUCGCCCAGGAACAGGAACCACAGUAAACCUCACUUGAGGCCGACCCUCCCCACAGCGGACCGCAGCGCCGGGCUCCUGGACAACCCGGGUCUCUUUCCCAGCUUCCCCAGCGAGCGGCUCAACGGGAUCCGCAGCAGCCCGCCCACGAGACUCCCCACCAGCCAGCCCAGAACCAGGUUACCCUCCACCGCAGCCUUCCCUCGCAGAGACACCGUGGGCACGGGGCGCGUGACGGAGCCCAUAACCCCGGACUACUCCCUGGGUAUCGGCCGAGGAAGGAAAAAUGUUUCUACUUCUAGGAAAAAGAGGGAUGAAAAGUUUACAAGAGUGACGCCACAGUCGCCUCCUCCUCCCAAACCCCCGUCUCCCAGCUUCGAGCUCGGCCUCUCCAGCUUCCCCCCCCUGCCCGGAGCGGCCGGCCAGCUCAAGACCGACGACGUGUUCGACAACCGGCUGGCCAGCAGCGUAGUCACCGGCAGCGCCAAGGAAAGGAAUGUAAGUGCUGAUUCCAGUGCUGGAGGAGCGCUGUCUCCAGCGGGCCCCAAAGAGCCGCUUCGGACCUCCACGUCCCCGAUGCCCACAAGCUUCCAGCCCUCGCCGACCCCGGCCGCAGGCUCGACUCUGACCCCGGCCGCCGGCCCGCCGCACAGUCCCGCUCCCUCCCUCCCGGCUGCGGAGGUGAAGGCGACGGAGGUGAAGUCGAAGGAGGUGCAGUUGUCUGUGGAGCGAGUUCCCGGCACGCUGUCCACUGCAAGCAAAUCAGUGCAAGUCAACGGCGCAGCCACAGAGCUGAGGAAGCCCUCCUACGCUGAGAUAUGCCAGCGGGUGAAGGACAUGGCGACAUUACAGCACCCUCCAACCCCCAAGGAAGCUAAGCCAGCCUGCACUGCCCCCGGGGGCGAGGAGAGGAAGUGCCCUGACGCCACCGCCCCUGCAGGGGAGGCCAAGGCCAGAGAGACACACCCCACCUCCUCCAAACCCGGCUCAGCCGCUGCCCCCCCGGGCAGACCCACGAGGGAGGCGCGAAGGCCGGCCGGCCGGUGGGCCUCCCCACCUGCACACCCAGGGAAAAACCCCAUCAAAGAUCCCCACCACACCCCGCCCAAGUCCCCGCAGUAGGGCGAAUCCCUGCCCCUUUACCGAGUCCUCCAACCCCUACUCCCCCUCCCGCUAAACUCCACGGAUGCGUCUUAAAAAAAGAAAAGGAAAUAUAAGUCAGGGCUACUCAAUACUUGUACCCCAGAAUCACUGGUCACAAAUGAGAACAGAGGACACCUUCUUUCCUGGAUCAGGGCUUGCAGACAAAAAGCACUUUACUGUGCACGUAGAGCAACGUUUCAUUCUUUUUAUUCUAUUUAUGUGCUUUAUUUCUUUCUUUUUUUAUUUCAGUUUUACUUCUCCAUUUUUCUUUCUGCAUUGCGUAGCUGUGUUGGCUUCUACGUCGGCGCAGACACCACUGAAAUGUAUUCCUUCUGUCCAGAUGUCCUGCUGGGGUUAAAUUAGUCUCGUCUGCAAAGCAUCAGGGCGUUGUUGGAGGCCACUCGGGUGGAGGAUGGGAGGGCUUGCAAACAACAGACUCCACCAUGUCUGGCUCUCGCAGUGAGAGGGUGGCACUGUUGUGCUUCCUCGCGUAGCUUAAUUAUGAGUUAUAAUUAGCUGAUGUGUUUCUAAAUCCAUAAUCACAUCCAUAUGCAAGACUUAACACCUGAAUCUCAUCAAAACAAGACUCUGAUCUUUUGGUGUACGUCGCCACAAAACACAUUUUUCUUUAGGUUUAUUUACACUAGAUGAUUUUCUUUUGUUGAUGGUUU